UGUAGCCGAGAGCGGGCAGUGCGCGCUGGGGCUGUUACGGUAAACACGCAGGAAGGAAAGUCCAUGAACAGGAAACGUUUUGCGGAAGAAAAAAAAGUGACAUUCGUUAAGGAUAUUGAAAAACAAGACGCAGCAAAACCUUAAAACGUUGGCGUUCCACCAGAGUUUCUAGACGUCCACUGGCGGGAAGAGUGUUUUUUUUGUGUUCGGUAAUUGCGUAUGAAUGCGGGGUUUCUGCUUGUCGUUGGAACAAAUCAGUGGACUUGGAAGGCAGACCAACAUUCCACCCGCUCUUGCUGCUGGCUGCUGCUGCUGCUGCUGCUGCGUGAGUCGGGAGGAGGGUUGAGCCUCGCGGACAAGUAACGUUCCACCGGGGAGGAAAGUUUCCGUUGUGUGCGUUCUGCACAAACCCCCACGGAGAGGACGGGAGAGACCGCGGUGCGUUCUGCACAACACUCCCCCCUUCACCCCCACGGAGAGGACGGGAGAGACCGAAGGGACAGAGGACGUUCAGUUCGGAUAGUUGAAAACACGAGUUAUUCGAGUCGUGUCUGAGACUUUUUUUGUCGCGGUAAGGUUCUGAUUGAACAACAAGCGUUGUCUGUCAGUUUGCCAAACAUUCAUUUGGACUGUUAAGAUCUUAAAUAUGCCAGUUGUCAAGUGAACAUUUUUGGUGAUGUCUCACAGGAGUUGAACUGAUCAGUCUCGUUAGUAUACUACGUUAUAACUGUCUAAUAUAGUUGUGUUGGAAAAAGUCUGUUGUUGUUUUUUUUGGCCAUCACGCAUGUGGUUUACAGACUCAUAUCCAACUCUAUACGCUAACGUCACACCUCGACCAGACUUCAAUCUUAAGUCUAUUUCAUAUUUCAUAGAAUCGCUUACUUUUGUGCUGAGAAUGAGUAUUAUACAAUAACCAUCAUUCCAGAUUGUUGAGGUUACUUGUACUAUUCGAUCGGCGCUACUACUCGCCAACAGGACUGAAACUGUUGUGUGCUCUACGAGGACUUCCUCGACUAUUGAAGUGACUGGAACUAUAAAGCAUCCCUUUUGCGUUCUUCUUACGCAAUAACAGAGCAAAACUUGAACGGUUUACGGUGGAUAAUAAAACGGAAGUUUCCUCAUCAAGGCCCAGAACUGCUUCCACCGGGCCUUCAACCUGGGAUACGGAGUCAAGACACAGACUAUUGUUCAAACAGAACUGGUGAGAUGUGGGUCUCCACUGGGAACAACCGUUCGACCCUUACUGGGUCUGCACCCAAAGUUUGAAAACCGUUUUUGUGCUUUACUUUUGGAUGGUACUGAAUUUGUUGAUCAUCGUUUUGGAUCAUAGUAGAUCUAGUUUCUCACGCUUGAUUUGAAGUUUGCCAAUCAUCAUGCCGUGGUCUGCUACCCUCAUGUCGGUCUUACCAUCUCGGACGACCUACUUUGCGCCUCUUUUUGUAGUUUGCUGGUUCAUUUUUGCUUCGACCGUCACACAGGCGUUACUGUGUCUGCCGUGCGAUCAGUCAAAGUGCGAGGAGUUGCCGGUUGGCGCUUGCAAGGGCUCGGUGGUGCCGGGGAUAUGCGGCUGCUGCCGCGUUUGCGCCAGGCAACGAAACGAAUCGUGCGGGGGCGUGUUUGGACUGCACGGUACCUGUGAUCGUGGUCUCAGAUGCGUGAUACGACCACCAGAGAACGGAGACGGGAUCACUCAACAUGAAGUUGGCGUAUGUGAAGAUGAAGACUGGGAGGAGGGCCAACUGCUUGGAUUUGAGCCCUGCAGCGAGAACCUGAUAACCGGCUGCAACAUCCAAGAUGGCCGGUGCGUCUGCCAUGCCUUGCGCACGUGCGCCAACCCGUUCCAGUUCCCCUCGCUGGACAGCUGCAAGACAGCCCUGCGACAAAUAGAAGACUCCCGUCCCGACUGCUCCAAGGCCCGGUGCGAGGUGCAGUUCUCGCCCCGUUGCCCCGAGGACUCGGUGCUCAUCGAGGGCUACGCCCCGGCGGGACAGUGCUGCCCCCUGCCGUCCCGCUGCGUCUGCCGCCCCUCCGGCUGCCUCCGCAAACUCUGCCAGCCGGGACACCUCACCAUUCUGAUCACCAAGGCUACGGGCCGCCCGGGCGAGUGCUGCGACCUCUACGAGUGUAAGCCCGUCUACAGCGUGGACUGCAGUGCCGUGGAGUGCCCUCUGGUCCAGCAGGGGAACUGCCCACUAGACAGCUACGAGACCCAGGUCCGACUGACCGCCGACGGGUGCUGUACUCUUCCUACUAGGUGUGAGUGUCUUCCAACAGGUAGCUGUGUCGUUCCCUCCUGUCCACCGGGCACCUAUCCCCAGAUGGUCGCCAACGGCAACGGCACUCCAGGGAGUUGCUGUGACCACUACCAAUGUGUUAAUGAUACCAAGUCGGUGUGUCUGUUCGGAGGGGUGGAGCGCGAAGAGGGCGAGCUCUUCCAAUUGGACGGCUGCCGUUUCUGCCGAUGCAAAGGGGGAGUGGCCAACUGUUACCAUGCCCAGUGUGGUAAACUGCGUUGCACACGGCAAUACACUCCUCCCGGAGAGUGCUGCCCAGUCUGUGAGGAUCCCAUCUUCCCAGCACUGAGCGCCGCCGGUUGCUACGUCAACGGCCGCAUCGUGGGGCACGGCGAGCACUGGCGCGAGGACGACUGCACCUUCUGCCAGUGUGUGGCGGGCGAGCGGCGCUGCGUGGCCGCCGCCUGCGCCCACAACUGCCUCAGUCCGGUCAAGGUGCCCGGGGAGUGCUGUCCCGUCUGCGAGGAGCCCAGCUACAUCACCAUGGCGCCCCCUACCUGUCCUGAGGAGAACUGCCUGCUUUCUGAGAGCAACUGUCGCUACGGUUACCCCACGGACUCCCGGGGAUGCCAGGCUUGCCGCUGCCAAACCAGAGAGGAGCACUGCAGUGCACUGAUCUCCGGAUGCAGUGUCAAGUGUGUGUUUGGCCGGCAGACAGACGCCGAUGGCUGUGAGACAUGCCAGUGUCGCCCACGCCACAGACGAUGCAAGAUCCUGGUCUGUGACCGGGCCUGUCCCUUCGGCUACCAUAAGAACAGGCACGGCUGUGACACCUGCAGAUGCAAGAAAUGUCCAGAGGUGCCAUGUGACCUGUCCUGUCCAAUGGGCUUCGAGACGGACACUCUGGGCUGUCUGCGCUGCGUGUGCAGAGUGGUCUCUUCCGAGGCGCCUUCAGGCGGGAAGGCCGUGUGUCUCUCCAUGGACGGCCUGCAUCACGACGAUGGCGAGAGCUGGCACGAUGGCUGCCGGGACUGCUAUUGCCAUGGCGACCGGGAGAUGUGUUCCCUGAUCUCGUGUCCCGUUCCCGAUUGCGAGAAUCCCACAAUCCAGCCAGGGCAAUGCUGUCCUACUUGUCCAGACUCCCCCGUACCGCUCCCCACCCCGGCCCUGGGGGGGGUCCCGGCGGACUCCUCUGUGUGUGUGUCCCCCGGGGGAGAGCUGUUCUCUGGGGGGGAGGUGUGGAACAUGGACCCCUGCAGCCAGUGCACCUGCAGGCGGGGCCAGACCCUGUGCGAGAGCGAGGCCUGCCCGCCCCUGCUGUGCCAGCGGCCAAUCAGAAGCCACGACUCCUGCUGCCCACACUGCCCUGAGCACAGCACUCCCACCAUGGCCGCCCUGCCCGGCGGCGGCGGCGGCGGCGGCGGCGGCGGCGGCGACCCUGACUCCUCCCCCUCCCCAGGCUCCGGCGGGGCGGGGUCUCUGUGCCACAGCGCCGGCGGCGGGGACAUGUUCCUGCCCGGCGAGUCCUGGAAGCCCGACUCGUGCACCAGCUGCAUGUGCGCGGCGGGCGCCAUCGGCUGCUUCACCGAGACCUGCCCGCCCACCUUCUGCCAGCGGCCGCUGCUCAAGAAGGGCCAGUGCUGCCCCUACUGCCUAGACUCCCCCACCCAGCCCAACGUGCCGGCGGGGGCGGCCGCCUGCCACUUCAACGGGCGGCAGUACUCUGACGAGGAGCGCUGGGACAUCGACGCCUGCACCCACUGCUACUGCCUGGCGGGACAGACGCUGUGCUCCACCGUGUCCUGCCCCGCCCAGGCCGCGCCCUGCGACAAGCCCCUCGCCAAGGAGGGCAGCUGCUGUCCCAUUUGCUUAGAGACCUUCUCUCCAACCAACGUACCGAUUGAGAAAACCGACUUGACGGGGGAACGGAAACCUGCGGCCUGGGACCGCCCCUCCCACAGUCCCAACGACCUGCCCCGUUUCAGAGGUGACGUGAGCGGGCUCCAGAUGCCCUUCCUAUCCGGCUCCCCCAGAGGGGGCCCCCAGGGGGGGCCGGGGGCCGGCGGGCCGGAGCUGACGGCCACCACCGUCAUGUGGGUGGUGCUGCCCCUCCUGCUGCUCCUCCUCCUGCUGGUCUCGGCUCUGCUCUACACCUCCCACCGGAGGCGCUGGCUCCCCCUGCAGUGCAAGGCCCAGUGUCUGAACAACCGGCUGUUCUCCGGGCUCGGCCCGCGGAGCGGCCUGGCCUCGCCCUCCUCCCCGGAGGACCAGGCCCUGUCCCCGCCGGCGCGGCCCGGCCAGAACAACCACCCCCGGGUGCUGCGCAUCGCGGAGCCCGAGCCACGCUUCAGCGGCUACUACAGCAUGAAGGCCAGCAACCUCAACAACAACCUCAACCAGGACGCCUUCUACAGCACGCCGUGACCCCGCACGCCCACACACACGCCAGUACACACCCCAUACACACACACACACACACACGCACGCACGCGCACAUGCACACAGACACACACAAUGUUAUCCUCAAGUAUUCAGAAAGAUGCAGAUGGUUACAUCCACAGAACUUGUAUGCCACACACUUUGACAUUUAGAGGAAAGAGUGAAGGAGAUGAAGAUAGGGUAAGGUUGUUGCAAAACUGUUAGGCUGUCACAUGACAUACAUGUACACACGUACGCAUAUAUUACACACACGUGCUAUAAAACGGCGAUCCAAUAUGGCGACCGAUGAUUGGGUCUGAGGAGCAUAAUCCAAUGAUACGCUUAGCAGUGGAGAUGUCUAGAUCUAUCGGGGUCUGCCACACUAGAUUAAUUUCUGACGAGGAUAAGAAAAUGAUCUGGUGUUAAUAACCAAUUAUUAACCAACGACAAUGUACACUGGUCUUUUUCUCGUUGUCCUGAUUGAAAAAAAAGUCUAUUUUGGUAUAUCCUAUGCCUAUAACGCACAUAAACACGCAGACAUGCAUGGACCACACCGCCCACCUAGGAUACCAGUACUCGACAACAACCACACCUGUCUAUGGCUGACCAGCACAUCAUUAUCGACGCCCACACCCAAGCCUGAUCAGUCAAGGAGCAGGAAAUACGCCGUGGAAAUGUGACUCAGUGGGCCUGACACCAUGAAUACUUCAGCUGAGAUAAAACACAUCUUUAAACUCUCCUUGUGGACCUCACAGAGCUUGUUUCCCCCUCCCCUCCACCCCCAACUUUCGAAAAUUCACCAUUUUGUCAUCGUCAAGGAAAGGAGCCGGUCGUCAAGCCCAGCGCUCUGGAAGAAAGCACGGACGGACGGACGGACGGACGGACAGACACCCCCUUGCUUGUAAAUUAAACAGUGGGCGAAUGGACCCAGAUGAAAGGUGAUGGUGGGAAACGAGAGGGGCCCAGCGUGGAGAGACGGAGAGGGCUAGAGAUGGAGUGGUGGACUGUGUGCCUGUCCACUGCCUCUCUGCAGCCUCAAAAAAAUGGUAUUCUUGUAAUCGUUUUUGUUUUUUUCUGAAGGGCUCCUUUUAUUAGAGACCAACAGUGAUAUCGCUAACCAAUGAUGUGCCCUUGGCCGGUGGAGGUGUGAUGGGGAGCGCUGGUCAUUAACUCAAGCACUCCCAUUCUAUUGACUUUAUACAUACACAUACAUUCACUCUUUACACAAACCACAACGCAUGACCGUAGCGGCUGGUUUGGCCUGGCAGGGCCUAUAGGCUUGUGACGGAUGUGACGAGGCUACGUCAUCACGUAGACAUACCGUAAUAUCUAAAGAUGAGCUGGUUGUCCUUCCGGAAUCUGCCAAAAAUAUGACUUGGUGGAGUCCCUCAUGUCUUGUAUGAUUUGGCCUCUUGAGCCAAAGCCAAACAUUGAGCUAUGUCUAACUUCCUCUGGCCCACGAUGACUACGACUAUUCCCAUUUAUUUGGGGUUUAGGGCUGUUUUUUUUUUUUUGUUUUUUAGAAAUGAUUUAUGUCUCAAUUACGAGAUUGAAUCACUCUUGCUUAACUUGACGAUGGAGUUCCCCCAAUCCGGCUAGGAAUGAGCCCGUACGUAGAAGCGUCCUAGCACGCCACUGGACGGCCCAGCGACCACAGGGGCUCCGGUGUUGUGUUGUGUUUUUAGGUGACCUGUUUGCGUAGAUUACGUAUUUAUCCCCAGAGAACGAGUUGAGCCGUUCCAGACGUUGACAUCUUCAGUCCUCUUGGCCCUCGGUGUGAACCCACGGUGUCCCCAUAGAAUUGUUAUACGCCUGAGUCCAGGAAACGGGCGUGUCAGUGAUUGAUUGCACUUAGAAAGUAUUGUUUUUCUCUCUAGCAGAUAUAUUAAAAUUGGGACAAGACAAGGGUCAGGGUUAUGCCUCUGAGUGUUGUGACACAAAUGUAAAGUGGUUUUGUUACUGUGUAGGACUGGAGUGAGUUCACUUUAACUGUUCAUUGAGUUUAUCGUGUAAAUAUAGAUAUUGUGUAUUUUUGGCCUGAUAAUCAAGCACUUUGUCAAGUGUUUGCCAGUCAAAGGAAAAAUAUUUACUUUUUCAAUUAAGAAAUAGGCCCACAAAUUUACGCCAAACAUUAUUUAAUUUGACGAAAAUCCCCAUCCGAGAUAAAAAAAAAAGGAUAUUGGUUUGAUAUUGUAUACACGUUUCCUUAAUGGGUAAUUCUCUUUUCUAUCUACAAGUCAAAUUAUUUACAAAAUACUGAUGAAUACAAGCGCCCUUGUUUGAUACUCAACCUACAAAAGUUCAGAAGUACAGAAGGGAAUCUGUAACGGUUUCUCGCCGGAGAAGAAGACAUGGUCUAUUGAAUUCAUGAUAGUCGCAGUAUUUUAUGUCAGUCCCAAGGCUACUGGUCCAGAAGCUCUGACCUCAUUUGCCUCGUUUCACAGGCUUUGUUUAUUUGAAAAACUGAAACCACAAAAAAAUAUGAAGCGCAGAGCUCCCAAGCUUCCAACCCGUUGAACUGCGGCAGCAUCUGUGCUUGGUUGGUGCGGGUAAUGGAAGCAGCAUCAGUGGAGGUUGUCGUCCUAAGGGACAGCGUGCUGGCCAUGUCGCUCUCACCUCCCACUUCCCACCCUGAAGGCGGUCCAUGUGUACGUCGUCUGUACGCGAGGACUCUGUUGAACGGGUAAUUGUUCUUAUAGCUAUUGAGUGGUUAUGGCGGUCACAUGGCGUGUUGAACACCAUCAGGAAGAUGACACACCAUGACAUCCAUUCCAGUGACGUUAGCUAACGUGCAGUGAUCCUGAUGCACAGGGUCACUCACAAGGCGUUUGGCCAUUUCGGAGCAAUCUACUGACCAUACGAGGAAUGCUGACUUGGUACCAGAUUGACGUUUGAGAUAAAUGAACUCUUGCACACAGCGGUCUAAUAUAAAAAGCGGUCUCCGACUGCUGUCAAAACAGUCUAUCUGGCUUGGGCUAGUAUGCCAUCCUGUUCCAUGAUGUGAUUUAUAACCCCACGGUGAAAGAGCCAAUGGGAUGAGCUCCCUGAAUGGAAACGCUUGGGACAAUAGUUGACAGGCUGCAAUGGGUAUGAUGAGCAAUUGGAACUUAAGUCCUUAUGUCCUGUGUGGUGCACCAUAUACUAUUGCUCAACUAAAAUCCAUGACUUUGUUGACAUAACUCUGUAAAAGUCCUCGGGUGUAAUAUUGUCAUGGAGUGAUAACACUCUAAUACUUAAACAAUGACUCUCUCUUACUCGCUCUCCCACUAUCACUUUCAGUCUCUUCAUCACUGUCAUUCAAAUGUAUAAAAGGAAGGCACAAUUGGAAUGCUAAUUGCCAUUUUAGAAUGAUUGGCUUGAAGUAAUGCUUUUGUCCCGCAAAUAUUUUUUAUCAAGUCAUAUAAUGUAAUCACAUUUGGUCCUUAGUGUCUUGUCAAAACAUUUACAUAAUAUUUCUCAAAGUGUCGUUUUAGAUACUUCGUUUUAGAGUAUCAUUUUUUUAAAUACCCUGCCCCCCCCCCCUCUCCCAGCACAGGGACGAAUAAGAAUCAACCCUAACCAACAAAUCUAUUUAGAAGACAAAAACUACUUUUUUAUUUAUUGUGUUUAUAAUUUAUUUGCUGACCGGUAACUGGAAGAUGAAUGAGGAAAAGAAGAAGAAUGGGGCUCCCCGUAAUACUUGUUGUUAUUGUAUAUUAACGAGAGUUCAAUUUAAAAAAUAUAUAUAUAUUUUGUAGGACAAAACCAGUGCCCAGUUGAGAUGAAUCAACAACAGUAGGGGUGGGUUCACCCAAACAUUGUCCAAUUAGAACCUCAGCUUUUUUUUUUUCAAGGUAAUAUGACACAAAUCCAUGCGCAGUGAACAGAACUCUAAAGCUCAUCUGAUCCCCCCCCCCCCCCUCCCCAAGGGACUUCUGGUCAAAGAGGGCCGGGAGAAGUUUUUAAUUAUCUUUAUUAUUUUUCCUCGUUGUCUACACCGGAAUCAUACAAACAAAACACAAUACCCACACGCCUCACCCUAAACACCUGCACAUACAUGUACCAUAUUGUUUUCAAAGAGUACAACUAGAAAGUGUUGGGAUGACUUUAUUUAAUCAUUCAAUGCUAUUGAUACAGAUGAUAAUGAUGCAUCGAAGACUCCUCAGCAGACAGCUCUUAUUGCCCAAGGUAGUUCAUGUAUCAUAUGUUUUCUUUCUUUACAGCACUAUAAAUAAAUGAUUUGAAAGUUGAAGCGAUGACGUCUGAUUAUUUAU